UCAGCCUCGGACAGCCCUUAUCUGUCCCACCCUUCCCUGCCAUACAGGAAACUGCAUUUCUAACAAGCUAGCUGUCAACAAAGGGUAAAACUGAGAGGAGAAAACAAACCCCAGCAAAAGUCGUCGUGGUAGCUGGCUGUUGAUUGGGUGUCCUAAAACUUAAUUUUACGGGUCUGUCAGGGGAAGCGUGAAUAUGGCGACCACCGCUCAGUUGUUCGAGGAGCCUUUUGACGCAGAUGAGUACAUUGAGAGGUUGGCCUGGAGGACUCCUGGAGGAGGCUCCAAAGGAGGAGCUGAGGCAUUUGACCCCAAAAGACUGUUGGAUGAAUUUAAGUGCCACAUCGAGGAGCUGAAGCAACUGGAUGAGAAAAUCCAGCGGAAGGUGGAGAAGCUCGAGCAACAGUGUCAUCGUGAGGCAAAGGAAUUUGCCCACAAAGUUCAAGACUUGCAAAGAAGCAACCAGGUGGCCUUUCAGCAUUUCCAAGAGCUUGAUGAGCACAUCAGCUACGUAGCCACCAAGGUUUGUCACCUUGGCGACCAGCUCGAAGGGGUGAACACACCUCGCCAAAGGGCUGUGGAAGCCCAACGACUAAUGACCUACUUCAACGAGUUCUUGGAUGGAGACCUCCGCAGUGAUGUCUUUAAUAACCCAGACAAGAUUAAAGAGGCUGCUGAUAUCAUUCAGAAGCUGCAUCUCAUUGCCCAGGAGCUGCCUUUCGACAGGUUUGCAGAUGUCAAGGCAAAAAUAGCAAGUAAAUACCACGACCUGGAGCGGCAGUUGAUCCAGGAGUUCACUGCAGCCCAGCGCAGAGGGGAAAUUGGUCGCAUGCGAGAGGUCGCAGCAGUUCUUCUACAUUUCAAGGGUUAUGCACACUGUGUGGACGUCUAUAUUAAGCAGUGUCAAGAAGGCGCCUACAUAAGGAAUGAUGUGUUUGAAGACACAGCAGCCCUGUGCCAGAGGGUCAACAAGCAGGUGGGUGAGGUCUUCAGCAGUCCAGAGACAGUCAUGGCCAAACUCAUCCAGAACAUCUUUGAGAACAAACUUCAGGCUCAUGUUAGGGAAAAACUGGAUGGCACUCGACAUUCAGAUGUAGAACAGUACCUAAGGAACCUCUAUGACCUUUACACCAGGACCACAGCUUUAGCCACAAAGCUCACAGAGUUCAACCUGGGCUCAGAUAAGCACACAUUCCUGUCCAAGCUGAUAAAGAGCAUAUUUUCCUCUUAUUUGGAAAGUUACAUUGACAUAGAAAGGGAAUACCUUCGCACUCGAGGCGCCAUGAUUCUGCAACGAUACUAUGAUUCAAAGAACCACCAGAAGCGCUCAAUCGGCACGGGCAGUAUUCAAGAGCUAAAGGAGCGGAUCAGACAGCGCACCAAUCUUACACUGGGUCCAAGCAUUGACACCCACGGGGAGACCUUUCUGUCCCCAGAACUGGUUGUUAACCUGUUACAGGAGACACGUCAUGCCUUUGAGAGAUGUCACAAGCUUUCAGAUCCUUCUGAUCUGCCCAAGAAUGCCUUCUCAAUCUUCCUCCUGCUGGUUGAACAUCUCUGUGUGGAUCACAUCGACUAUGCCUUGGAGAUUGGCCUGGCAGCAAUUCCCUCAUCUGAUGCAAAAAAUGCCAACUUGUACUUCCUGGAUGUUGUUCAGCAGGCAAACUCUAUCUUCCACUUGUUUGACAAACAGUUUAACGACCAGCUCAUGCCUUUAAUAAGCUCCUCUCCAAAGUUGGCAGAGUGUUUGCACAAGAAGAAGGAGGUGAUAGAGCAGAUGGAAGUGAAGCUAGACACGGGCAUUGACAGAACAUUGAACUGCAUGGUGGGUCAGAUGAAGCACAUCCUGACCACAGAGCAGAAGAAGACCGAUUUCAGGCCAGAGGAUGAGAACAAUGUCAUGAUCCAGUAUACUACUGCCUGCUCCAAGGUUUGCGCCUACGUCAGCCGACAGGUAGAUCACGUUCGGAAGUCCAUGGAUGGGAAAAACGUGGACACGGUGCUGACGGAACUGGGCAUUCGUUUUCACAGACUCAUCCACGAGCAUUUACAGCAAUUCAGCUACAGCUCGAUGGGAGGCAUGCUGGCCAUCUGCGACGUGGCUGAAUACCGACGGUGCGCCAAGGAUUUCAGGGUCCCUCUUGUGCUGCAGCUCUUUGACACACUCCAUGCCCUCUGUAACCUUCUGGUGGUUGCUCCUGAUAACCUGAAACAGGUCUGUUCAGGUGAGCAUCUGACCAAUCUGGAUCGGAACCUCCUGCACGCCUUCGUCCAGCUCAGAGUGGACUACCGUUCAGCCAGACUGGGCCGACAUUUCAGUUAAUGACUCUUUGGAGACUUGCUGUCCAGGGGAAAAAAAUAAUGUUGCAUUCUGAAGAUACUAAUUGCCAUUCGAUCUGUCUCCAACAAAUAGAUCAACGGUUGGAAGGCCAAUACUCCUUGAAUGUGGGAAUUUUACCUUUUUUUUUCAUUAUUUCUGUAAAAGGAUGAAAUUUAAGUAUUCAUUGAUCUUGAAUGUCUUUUGUUUUUAAAUACUAAUCUAUGACAAAUUUAUGUGAUAAGUGAAUUACUUAUGUCUGUGCUUGCUUAAAAAAAAACACCUUUUUGCUUGUGCCAAAUAUUUAAGUUCUUCAGUAGGACUUGUGCACAGGAACUGACUCUGAAUCAGCUUUAAAGGGAGAAUCUGAUCGGUUUGGCUAACAAGUCGGACCUUAUCUUCGCAGUUUUCACUUCAUAUGGUGAAAAUUUACUCCUUUUAAAGAAAUGUUGGAAAUCAGAAAGUCUGACCAAACUUACGAAGGAGCAGUGGCUGAUUCUUGUGCUCUAAAAUGGACGUCCAGGACCAGGAGCAACUGCAUUCCUAAUCUGGUGCUUCUCCUUAUGUGCUGGGUUCUGAGGUAAAACUAAAACAUUGCAAAGAUAACCCAGAACUCCAACACACGGUCUCCAACUGCACCUUACAUUGCAGUAAAGAAUAAAGUGCAGAGUUUUCAGUAAGGCGUUAAUCAUCAUUAUUUCAGUUUUUAGUUGUCAGUAUAGUUCAAACUCAGGUAUGUGUCUCUAAAACCUGCAUUUCAGUUUAAACUAACACGCCGUGGAUUAUUUUGUUCUUUUAAUAAACAUUCAAGCUUUAUUUAUCAAAAGUAAUGCAGUCAAAGUUACUAACAUAUAACAAAGUAGGGAUGGGUGAGAUUUACUUUAAUUAUAUUUUGUUGUAUUUAUUGCAGUUGUGGUAAAAUGUAUUUUACGCAUUCAUUACAUUCAAAAACGUGUCUUUGCAUACAGGCAUGGCUUCACAAAGACUGCUCAAAAAUUAAAGCUUCUUAAACUCAUUGUCAUAUAGGCUACUUCGGUGCCGUGGUUGUACAUCCAAACAGUACCUAAUAAUGAGUUUCAGCCGUAUUUCAGAUAUAUUAAUAUUUAUUGAUGCUUUCAUGAAACUAACAAUGAGAAAAAAUCCAGGAAUGGCAAAAGUAUCGAUCCCACUGAAAAUGUCAGUUUUAGGGGUUUACAAACAUUAUCAAUUUAUUCUAAAUCAUUUAAUUACAAUAAUUUUUUACUCAUAUAAAAAUGCAAUAGUUGCCCAUCCCUACUACUGAGCAAGCAGUGCUUUGCACACUGAGCAGACUAGCCAGGCAGACUUUCCAGAUGCUGGUGUGUAGCGGGUGGAGAAGAGUCACAUGACCACCUUCUGACCCCUCGGUCUCAAAGGAGAAGUCAAGAGGCCAUCAUAGAAGCAGUGUGAUCUGAGCUACAAUCAUGACUGAGAAUCCCUCUCUAGAGGUUUUGGGUGGUCCGCUCACAGAUUACGGCGCAGAUUGGUGUGAUGGGUCACUGAGUAUGUGUCUCAGAAAUUGCACGGAUCAACACUUGCUCAUUCAGCAGUGUGCAAAGUCCAAGACAUUGUUCAUCUGAUCUGCAGUGUUUCUGGGUCAGAGGAGGCUGAAAUGUUGAUCUCCUGUGAUUAGAGAAACAAACUAAACUUAAAAGGGACUUCUUUACACACGGCUUAGUGGAGGUCCACGUUAACUGCCCUCUGCAUAAGAAAAAGCUCGAGCUCCUGAUGCCUGAAACUAUUUGCUGCUGCCAUUGCACCGCUGUUUACCAUAAUUAUUGAUUCAAUAAAGAUGCAUUUUAUUAUUCAA